AUGAUACGGAUCAAUGCGCGAGGCGCGAUACUCACAUCUGUCAUCGCUCUAAUCCUAGUUCUCCUGUUCGUCGCGCAAUGGAAGCGUAAUGAGAUCAACGCAUGGCGUGGUCCCCACGCUGACGCCGCAUCACCACCUGUUCACCACGAGGAUACUAAGCUGGAUGAUGUCGCUGAGUUCAAGGAUGAUGUCGCCGCGCCUGCUGUGCCCGACUACUCUGCUGGAAACUCGACGCUAGGAUUCCAAGCAAUUCUAGCGCUAUCACAAGGCACCAAAUGGCGAGUCGACGGCCUGCACGCCGCAGCCAAAGCCGCCGGCAUCGCCGUAACCGUCCCUCAACAACCUAAAUGGAGCGAACCUUUCAUCAAGGCAUUCCAAGAAUUCGGUCCCGUCGAAGCCCACGGUGCUGCAAUGGCAUGGCUAGGCCACCUCGAUCUCCUGAAAUUCGUCAUCCAAAACAACUGGGGUUCGGCUCUCAUCCUCGAAGAUGACAUGGAUUGGGACGUCGAUGUCCGCAAACAAACACCACCGAUCGCAAAAGCUGUCAGGGAGUUGACAAAGUCGAAAAAGGCGGAUACAGAGCCGUAUGGAAAGAGCUGGGAUGUCAUGUGGCUGGGCCAUUGCAGUGAUCCUCCGCCGUUCAAGGAUGAGGGCAAGAUCAUCACUUUCGCCGACAACACAACUGCUCCGAUUGAAAAGUACCGCGGCUUGAACCCUCGUGUCAAGGAUGUGAUCAAGGAUGGCCAGCGCAUCGUCCACUUCUCCAUCAACCCCGUCUGCACAUUCGCCUACGCUGUAUCAUAUCAAGGCGCACGCAACCUACUCGCCCACGCCUCGCUUGGAAAAGGAGGAGCUUUCGAUCUGAUGCUCAUGCACGCUUGCCAGGACAAGGUACUGAAAUGCGUCUCUGUCAACCCGGAAGUCUUUGAUCCUUACUUCCCUGCCGAGGGUGGUGCCAGUGAGGUCAGAGCUGGAGAUGCAGGCGUCGACUUUGACCAUGAAGUCGGCAAGGCCAAGGGACAUACGGACAAUACCCUCAACAGCGCUCGCUGUUUUGCACAGUUCGGCGAGACGUGCCUGGAAUAG